AGUUAAGAUGGCGGACGGAGCGGUUGGAAACGAUUACAAGUGUUCAGCUGGGAUUAUCAUCAUAGGAGACGAGAUCUUAAAAGGUCAUACCAAAGAUACAAAUUCUUACUAUCUCUUUAAGAAAUUAUGGUCCUUAGGAGUUAAAGUGGGAAAAGUUUCUGUGAUUUCAGACGACGUGGACGAAAUUGCCCACGAAGUAAGAAAAUUCUCCUCUAGAUAUUCUGUCGUUAUAACUACUGGCGGAAUUGGCCCCACUCAUGACGAUGUUACAAUGCAAGGCAUCGCUAAAGCCUUUGGAGAAGAUUUAGUUCUUAAUGAUGAAUUAGUGGAACUAAUUUCGAAUUCUUAUCAGCAUGAAAUUAACUCGUCCCAUUUGAAAAUGGCUCGGGUUCCUUCGUCAGUGAAACUGGCUUUUGGAAAAGAUCCCUCGGGAAAACCGAGCUGUUUUCCUCUCAUAUCUGUACAUAACGUGUAUGUUUUUCCUGGAGUGCCGAAGUUCUUGGAAAAGUCGUUUGGCCUUUUGGAAGAUAUUCUUUUAAUUUCCAACCGUGAGAAGCGGUUUCUGCUGCGAAAGAUUUACCUCUCAGUAGAUGAGACAGAAAUUGCUUCCAUUCUAGAUGAGGUGUGUGAGAAAUUUAAAGGCAUAGUACACUUAGGGUCAUACCCUGAUUUCUGUGACCAAAAUUUUAAAGUAAAACUGACUGUGGAGUCUGCUAGUUCAAAGGAUCUCCAAGAGGCCUGGGACUGUCUCCUGGGAAAGUUACCCAAAGACUAUGUGGUGAAGACUGAGGAGGACGCACGUGUCUGUGAUGCUUCACCUUCAGAAUGUAAGUUUUGUUUCACAAAAGUAUAUGUAUAUUACUAAGCAGGAGGUUAUCAUGACUGCAAGUCCUUUUUUUGUAUGUUUUACGAAUUGAGAUUGAAAUCCAUCUUACCUCCUAGUUAGAAAAUAUGAUUCACUUCAUCUUGUUUGAUUGUGGGAUGAGCCUCUAACUUUUUUUUUUUUUUAACUGUAUUUGCAAUGAAUGUUGCAGUGAUGCAGAGACAGUUUGUCAUAAGAAGGUUAAUCAUGAAGUGUGCUAGCCCUGUAAGACUCCUGACUGUGUUUGUGACUAUAAGGCUUUGAAAACCUCUGCAUAAGUCAUUACUUAAGUCCAGUGAGUAGUCAUUUGUUAGAGUGGGCCCAGUUGAUCAAAGGGCAGAUAAAGUGAUCCAACAGAUAAAUUGCUAUCCAACAAAUAAGUGUUAACAAAAUAUAAUGCACUAUCCAUCAGGUAGAGAAUUAUCCAUUGGAUAGCAUUAUCCAUUCUUCAAACAACUGGGGGCAGAUGUGUUAAGCUGCACCCAAGAGACCUUUUACAGCAGAGAUCUCAAAUGAAUUCUCCUUUCUCGCUGUGAUACAUUUUUAGUAAUGUCAACUGUGAGAAUUUGGAGUCAAAUCACAAAGCACUCCUUCAUUAAUGCUGAUAAAGGAAAUUCUUGGAGGAAAAGGGUUUGAGAACUUAUCACUGACAGUAACCAACAACAGUCCUUUUGAGGAUAAACUUUAUCUGGACAAUCACAGUGAAGGAGCACUUGAUACUAUAAUUUCUCCACUGAGAGGUCUCUACCUUCUCUUUCCUUAGAUCUGAAAAUAAGUUCUCCUCUCUGUCGUUAAUAAAUAUUAUAUAAUUGUAGCUCUGAGAAUUUUUUUUAAUCAAACAAUAAACUCUUCUUGAUAUUUUGCUUCUUUUCUUAUCACGUUUCUGAUUGCGACAAUAUUAUUGGGAGAAAUUAUGGAAUGGUCAUUCACAAUUUUUCCAUUAAGGGGUCUCUACCCUUUCUUUUGUUAGAUCUAAACAUCAAUUCUCUUCAAUGUCUUUGUACAGCUCUUAUCAUUGGAGUUCUGAGAAUAUGUCGUGUAAUCAAACAGUAUCAUCUUAUUGAUAUUUAACUUUCUUCUCAUCACCUAUCUGAUGGAUGAUGUACCAACAUUGUAAGGAGAAAUUACUCAUUAGUCACCCCCAGGAGUAAAAGGGUUAACCUUCUCUCCACUUGGAAAAUAACUAAUAUUUUAAUAACCUAUUACUAUAUUUUAGGUCCACCCAGCCCUACCUCUCUGAAAAAAGAUGCUAAGCAGGUGGUGAAUGUGGAGAAAGUGUACAGCCUCCUUGAUCCCGAAGAUGAAUCAAACACAAGUGCUUGCCUUAAAGGUGCCUGGGCUAUUAUACAACAGACACUUCAGCUGUAUUCUCUUGAUGAGCUGUGCAUCAGUUUCAAUGGUGGUAAGGACUGCACUGUGCUGCUCCACAUUUUGCAUGCAGCGCUGAAUAAAUUAUCACUACCUGCCCAAGAGCUAAAGGCCGUAUACUUUCGCUAUGAGUCACCAUUUCCACAAGCAGAAGAGUUCAUCUCAGAAACUACCAAAAGGUACAAUUUGAAUCUCAUAACAUUGACAGGGGACAUUAAAACAGGUCUGAGGACAUUGAAAGAAACUCACCCAAAAGUCAAGGCAAUGUUUUUGGGCACCAGAAGGCAUGACCCAUUUUCUGAUAUACUGCGCACAUUUUCUCCAACUGACCCAGACUGGCCACAUUACAUGAGGGUUAAUCCAAUUCUUGAUUGGCAUCAUGCAAAUGUCUGGGCAGUGAUCCAGGAAUGUAAUAUUCCAUACUGCAGUCUAUAUGAUGAAGGAUACACAUCACUAGGAAGCACCCACAAUACUAAACCUAACCCUGCCUUGAAAUGUAGUGAUGGUGGUAACAAGUAUAAACCAGCCUACAUGUUGGAGGAUGGGAAUCUAGAGAGGGCAGGGAGAACCUGAUUGACUUUUUUGUUAAGUAAAGAGUACUUUUGGAUUAACUUGUGCAGCAGAUUUCUCACUUUUGGAAUGAACAGUUGGACAAAGACUGAGCUGUGCUGUAGAUUGAGAAUAGAAAGGGUUAUGUCAAUUAAAUACAUGUACAUGCAGGUACCC